CGAAGGAGCCGCCAUACACAAUGUACAACAAAAUGCUGUCGAUCAGCGAGGAUCAUGGAUUCCGUUCGCUGAGUCAUUCCGACUCCACAGAGAACGAUGCGGUUGCCGCACAGGACAUCCUCACGUGCGGCGCCUGCCAGAAGGCAUUCGCCCUCUCGGACAUUGUCAAGUUCAUCCAGCACAAGGUGCUGCAGUGCAACAAGGAGAACUAUGGCCAGUGCUCCACGCAGGGUCCCCAGAUGGACCGCGACACGGAGGAGGGCCGCCCCCUGAGCCUGGUCAAUCGCCGGCCCUCGAUCUCGGCCAUACCCAUCACAGGUCGCAAGUCCGCCCCAUCCGUUGUGGUCAGCAGUGCUGGCGGUGCCUCGGCCACGGCAGCGGCCGUUGCCGUUGCCGCAGCAGCAGCAGCCGCAGCGGCGGCGGCCAGCAGCACGGCCAGCGGCUCCCGGAUACACACCCCGCCACCAAGUCCCGCUGAUCUGCUGGCCGAUGGCGCCAGCAGCACGCCCAAGCGUCUCGUUGACGAGAACGACAACACAACGCCCAAGGACAGCGAGGCGGCGGCCACCACAGUGGCAUCAAUGCGCGGCAGUCCGGCGGCCAUUGGGCGUCAGGCGGCCAGCGACAUCAGCUGCGAUCUGCUUGACGAGGAGCAGCACCCACACACGCCCAAGGUCAAGCAGGAGCCGUAUGCCGGCGACGAGGAGAUGCCCCCCCAUCAUCUGGCUGGAUCGCAGCAGGAGCAGUCCGUGAUUGCCGAUUGCCAGCCCCUGGCCAAGCGGCCCAAAAUGGAGCUGGUCGAUGCCGAGGCCAACACAGUCCACACAGAACCCAGCAAUUACACAUGCUCCACUUGCAAGACCCGCUACACAUCCGCGUGGCGCCUCAUCCAGCACGUCCAGCACUCGCACGGCGUCAAGAUCUAUGUGGAGGCCACUGGCGGCGCCACCGCUGCCACCCUCACCGUGGCCACGCCCGCCGCCCUCAAUAACAGCGCCUUGGCCGCCGCUGCAGCCGCUGCAGCAGCCGCUGCCGCCGUUGCGGCUGGCCACAGUCCACAGCCCGCUGAGGCAGCGAUGAAGCGCAGCAGCCCCGCUGGAGCGGGAGUCGGCUCCGUCUCCCUGUCCACCUCCGUCAGUUCCACAUCCUCCGCGUCGCUGGCCAACACGAGCGGCGGCAGCAACAGCAGCCACGGCAGCCACGCCAGUCACGGCAGCCAGCAGCAGCAGCAGCAACAGCAGCAGCAACAGGCGGCGCAACAGCAGCAGCAGCGCGUGCAGCAGCAGCAGCGCGAGAACCUCGCAUCGGCAAUGGCCGCCGGAAUGCGUCACCAUCCGCUGCUGGCGCCGCCAGAGUCGAUGCAUGCCAAUCCGUUCCAGCUGCUGCGCAUGCCCCUGCCGCCGGCGCUGGCCCAGGGCAAUGUAGUUCCUAGCGUGGCGCCACUGUUCGGGCACGGCCGCCCCUCGCCCGCCGACCACUACCGCAUGGAGCAGCUGGUGAGCGAACAGUUCCGGCAUCACGGCUUCAAUCUGGCAGCCGCCGCCGCCGCCGCCCAGGCACAGUUCAAUGCCAACGGGCAGGUGGGAGGACAGCAGCUGAAUGUGUCCGCCAAUGUUCCUACCGUCGCCAGUGGCGAGCCGCGUCCACCUUCGAGCUCCAGCAGCGGCAGCCAGCGCGGAUCCGUGCCGCCCGCCGCCCUGCCACCGCCGUCUCUCAGCUCCCAGCAGCAACAGCAGCAGCAGCAACAGCAACAGCAGGCAGGAGGCGCCUCCACACCUGGUCUGGUGGGAGGCGGAGGCGGAGGCAGUGGCUCCCUGAAGCUGGAACCGCAGCAGAUGGAUUUUUACUCGCAGCGAUUGCGUCAGCUUGCGGGCACAACAAGCCCUGGAGCUGGCAGCAUUGUUAACUCGAGCUCGCCGAGUCCUCGACAGAAGCAAUCGCCGCAUUUCGCGAGCCCCUCGCCCUCCCAGAUAGCCCAGCACCAGCAGCACCACCACCACCAGCGGCCCCACUCGCUGACUCCCCCGGAGAAGAGCGGGGAUGCGGGCUCCGAGAACGGCAGCCUGGGCAGCCUCGGCCUCGCCCUCGCCAGCACUCCGCGUUCGGCCAGUACGCCGCCGUCGAAGGGCAGCGCCGGUGCCGGUGCCGGCGGAUUGGGCGGCCUCGGUCUAGGCCUCAAUCUCGGCCAGGUGGUGGGCGUAGCAGGAGGAGGAGGAGGAGCGGAGCAGGCCAGCUGCUAUGCGUGCAGCUACUGCGACAAGAAGUUCCGCUUCGAGAACAACCUGAUCAUCCACCAGCGGACGCACACGGGCGAGAAGCCGUACAAGUGCACCGCCUGCGACUUCGAGUGCUCCCACAUCCAGAAGCUGAUGAAGCACAUGCGGGUGCACCGCAGUCCGGGCGACGACCAGGACGGCCAGGAUGGGCCCGACGAUGGCAGCAAUGCCGAUUCGCUGGAGACGAACGAGGCGGACAACGACGAGGAUCCCAAUCCGGAGGAGGAGUCCGAGGAGGAGAUGGGCGAUGCCGAUGGCGAUGGCGACAACGAUCCCGAUGGUGAUGUCGAUCCCGAUGCCGAUGGCGAGGGCGACGACGAGGACGAGGACGAGCUGGACGACUGCGAGGACAUGGACUACAAGGCCGAGGAUCUCAGCGUGAGCAACCGCAUCGACGGCAAGAGCCAGAGCCCCAAGACGACCAGCUCCGGCGCCACCUCGCUGGUGGGCGAGCUGAUGGACAAGUUCGGCCUCUCGAACAUCGCCCAGUACAGCGAGGCGUACAAGCAGGCACUGCAGGAGUCCGGCCGCAAGGAGGCCGCCUCCGUGGCAGCUGCCGCCGCAGCAGCAGCCGCAGCUGCAGCCGUGGACAACAACAACCGCGGUGGGAGCUCGGGACCGGGCUCGGCCUCGGGAGCGGGAGCUGCCGACAAGAUGAACGGCCUGCCCGUGGCCGCGCUCCGGCUGCGGGACGAGUUCGCCAAGAACUGCAACAUGUUCCAGCAGCCGCAGGACGGGCCCGGCCAGGUGCCGCUCUUCAAUCCGUUCCCCAAUCCCUUCGAGCUGAGCAAGCGCAUGAAGAUGGACGGCGGCGACUGGUGGGGCAUGUCCGCCCUGCACCGCAACGAGGCGCUCUUCGAGAACCUCAAGCUGAAGCCCCUGGGCCUGGGCGGCGCCAAUGCCCUCAUCCAGGGGCCGCUGCUGAAGAAGGAGAGCCGCCAGCGCAACGACACCUGCGAGUUCUGCGGCAAGGUGUUCAAGAACUGCUCCAACCUGACGGUCCAUCGGCGCAGCCACACCGGCGAGAAGCCGUACAAGUGCGAGCUGUGCUCCUACGCCUGCGCCCAGAGCUCCAAGCUCACCCGCCACAUGAAGACGCACGGACGCACCGGCAAGGACGUCUAUCGGUGCCGCUUCUGCGACAUGCCCUUCAGCGUCCCCUCCACCCUCGAGAAGCACAUGCGCAAGUGUGUGGUGAACCAGGGCAAGGCGGCAGCCGCCGCCAAUGCCGUUGCCGCUGCCCAGGCCGCCCAAGCUGCCGCCCAGCAGCUGCAGGCAGCCGCCCAGCAUGCCCAGGCCGCCCAACAGCAGCAGCAGCAGCACCAGCAGUCGCAGCAACAGCAGUCGCAAGCAGCAGAUGCCCGUCAGUCACAGCUGUCGCCCACAUGCCCCAUGGGCGUGGUGGGGUAUCCGCCACAGUUUGGGGUCUCCGUUGGGGGCCACAACCUCUCGCUGCCGGGCAGCGUGAGCGGGGACAACGACUCGAAUGCGUCCUCCAGCCUCACCGUGCAUCCCAUUUCGCUGAAGGAGGAGGCAUGACUUUUUAGCAGCUGGAGCAGCGCGCCACCCCCGCCACACCAACACCAACACCAACACCAGCACCUACACCCGCAUUUGCAACAACUGCCACACCAUGCGGUACAUCCCCAUCAGCAUCCCCACCAUUCAACGCUCUCGCAUCCGCAUCCUCACUCGCACCUGCAGCUGCAGGGACCGCUGGUAACGGUAACGGCACCGCCGCCAACGCUCCACCAAUUGGCCAGCAGCAGCAGCAGUCGCAGCCGCAUCAUGUCGCGCAUCUUUUAAAGAUGUCCACAAUAUCCCUGUGUAAAUAGAGCCCCGUUCCCUUACCACCCCUUACCAUGCCCCAAGUUGACAUCAAGU